AUGGCGCGUCCUUCCUCCCUCGCUCUCGCGGUGGCGGUGCUGGCAAUCAUCUGCUGUUUCACGCCACGCUCAGCGACGGCAAUCCGAGUUGUUCCCGACGGACUCCAUGGGCUACUAAAUUCCCCUCCGUCGCCGCGUCCCAAUUAUUCGCCGCAUGCGCAUGGGGAACCCUACACGGGACGGCCGUGCAGGCAAAUUUAUGGCUGCAGAACGGUUCCUGAACCACCUCCACAGGCGACAUCCCCGCCGACUCCACGCCGCAAGACCAUGCAAGUUGUGGCCAACACAUGA